GUGAAUUGAUUCGAUACCGGACGAAACGAUCCGAUAGCAUACACGCGAGGUGGUUCAGUCCCAGUCGAGACGUCCGUCAGCAGUUUCAGAACCAGUCGUUUGUCCUCACGUAGUCUGAAAGUUCUCUGUGCCCAUUCACUCCACGCCGAACAAAGACUWCGAGGCUCAAAGCUUGACCGCGCGACUACGCARUCAUGUGGAACGAUUGGGUGGCAAACGCCAAGAAAAUGGCGGCGGACGUCGAUCGGAAAUUGAACGAAUCUGUUGGCAUGGACGCAGACGGGAACCUGAUCGGAUCCUCCCACAAAACAACACCAAAGCAAUCAGAUACUGCAACUAUUUUUUCUGUGGCGGAGGAUCAGGCUCKGCCGUUCGCAUCAAACACUAGUAUUGGCGAUUCUGCUGUAGGUUCGUCCGGUGCCGUGACAAAGAUUGUUGAAGAUGACGACGAUGCUUGGAACGAUGAUUUUGAUUUCGACGACGACAACGAUGAUUUAGACGACACUGCGGUCUUGGCGAGUGUAGAUACACCAGCGAAGAUUGAAUCGGUGCCCAUAAAAGCGGAGAAGCUAGAAGCAAACCCAAUGGAACAAUCUACCCCUGUURCACCUCUGCCAUCUGCAACCACGAGCUCAACGACGACAAAAACGGAUGAAUCAUUAAAAAAAGAAAAGYCAUCCCCACCAUUGCCAGCGACUACCGAUACAGUGACAAAGGUGGCAGAAACCAAGUCAAAAGAGACGGAGGACAUACUCGCAUCCACCACACCGGUAGCGACGAAAGGUUUGGCACAGACGAGUAGCACCCCCAGUAGCGGUGAAGGAGGAUUUUUUUCCAUGAUGACCCAAACAGUAUCCUCCACGGAAGCUGCAGUCACCGGSAUGUCCUCUAUUUUGGCGGCGACCGUGUCAGUGAAAUCRGAACCGACGGGAACCAAAGAGACGGAAACUGAGCACGAAACCGUUGCUGCUACCGACAACACUGACAAAGCGAACGAUGGUGCCAUUGGCACAGACACUGGGAAAUCAGGAGAUGAGACAAAAUCUACCGACACAGAGCUGGAGCAGAAGAAAGAUGCGCUUUCUUCGAACGGAAAAGAAAAGAAGGAUAGCGGAUGGGAUGACGUCGAUGUCGAUGUCGGUGUCGAUUUUGACGACGAUACACCAGAUGGUUCUGGUGCAUCUACUGAGGAGAGCGGUGGAAGUGCUCCUGCUUCAACCCCUGCAUUGGGCAGUACCAGGGGCCUUCUUACGGGAGACUCAAAAAAUGACUCCAUUCCUGCCACCAAGGAGAGUGAUAUCACCCCAGUCCCCGCUUCUGCAACAAUUCCUGCUUCGAGUAGCAGCAGUGGCGGUUUCUUUUCCAACCUGUCCGACCUAGCACAGAAUGCAGAUUCACUGUUGACGGCUGCAGCAAAAAUCGAAACAGAUGACGAGAAUGCUAAUGUGAARAACGAUACAGUUGUCGCCGAAGAAAGCAAGGAUAACGACGAAAUAGACGCACAACCAAAUGAUUGCGAUGGUAGCUCAUCAUUGAAAAAUGAUGCACCACUCUCCCCGGAUCCGACGGCCGAAAAAUCACCCCAAAACGCCAUAUCCGAAGAGGAAAAACGACCAUCCGAUCCUGUCCCCUCCGCAACCCCGAAAAUCGCUACCGCAGGAUUGUUUUCCAAUUUWACCAAUCUGGCAAAAACGCCAAAAGAGACCACAUCUAAAGGAGAGGAUCUUCCAUCACCGAAUCCCACGUCAGCAAUCCCUCAAAAGGRUAGCGCUGGAGGACUCUUUUCCAACCUUACGAAUCUGGCACAGACAGCAGACUCGAUGCUGACAGCGGCAGUACUUUCGGGAGAAGGCGAUGGUACUGUUUUAGGCAGUMCGAAGCCUGACAACAGUGGUGGWUGGGAAARUGAAGACGACGACAUGUUUCUCGGUGAUGAUGAUGAACAAGACGAAAAGGAAAAGGAAAAAAWACCUAUGGAAGCAAACAAAACAAAUGACAAAACAGAUGGACCAAACGAUACGCUUAAGUCUGUAGACGAGGAGAAAGAAGAAUCUUCUUCCUCUUUUSUCAAAGUGUCUCCGAGUUCMUCUGUAUCAACACCAGAAACUUCACAAAAGGAAACAGAAAUGUCAGGGAAACCCGUUGUGUCUGCGACAGACAAUGCACUAUCUCCACCAUGUGUAGGUGCAACUCCUGCAUACAUAAACAUAGAGGAUGAUCCGAGAUAUAAAGAACUCCAGGAGGCGCUGCGAAUGCGCGAGGAACAAUUGGUCAACAAAGGCAGCCAGCUGAACGAGCUCCAAUCCCUGAUGGAAUCUCGUGAUGAACAGUACAAGAAAAAGAUACAAGAUACCAAAGAAGAGGCCAAGARACGAAUUCAACGAGCGAAGGAACGYUGCGAGGCGGCCGAAGCGAAACUCCGGGCUCGAUCCUCCGGUGAUUCAGAUGAUCUCAAAAAGAAACAAUUAAUUAUCGACGAACUAAUGGAAGAAGGACAAGCCUUGGCCCAGAAACAAUCAGCAAUGGAAAAGGYUGUACGUUCCGCCAAUGCUGAAACACGGGCCCUCAAAGAAGAUUUACUGCACGAAACUGAGGAGAAAGAACAAGCACUGGAAAAGAUUGUCGGGAUGGAGGACCAAAUCAAGACUUUGAAAGGGUACCUCGCAUCUGCCCGAGAAGGAGAGUCGAAAUCUGGAAAACUUGAGAGCGACUUAUUGGCAACCCGCGCCGAUGCUGAAGAAAAGGCGAACACAAUAUUGUCCCUUCAACAACGAGUGAAGGAAUUGAUGGAAGAAUCGAGAGAUCUCAAGCAAGAAAUCAACRCUACCCGCAAGUCGGCAGCACACGAGGCACAACAAGAGAAAACUUCAAUGCGGAAGGAACACAAUGACUUACUUGGUGAUUUGGAACAGAAAAUUCGAACGAUCGAACGCGAGGCAGGCGUUCGCGAAGAUGCCUUACGGCACGAAGUAUCAGAAAUAAGAAAGCGGUGGCAGGAUGCUGUUCGGCGAGCCGAUGGUAAGUAACUAUUUAUUUUUUCCUUUGCGWCUUCUCGAAUCGUGCCCCUUGAUUUCAUUCUUUUCGGUUCUCAAUCAAUACUCUAACUCAAUCUCAAUCCAUUCGAUGAUUUCGGUCAACGUCAAUAACGCAGCUUUAAGCAUGGAUAUUCAAUCCAGUACCGCACCCUUACUGCGCCAGUUAGAAAGUAUGGAGCGCCAAAGUCGGUUGCGAACUGCAAAUGCUGCCGAAUUGGAGUCUCGCUUGCGAUCCGAGUUGGAAGMAGCCAUGAUUGAGAACGAAAGACUUGGCAGGGAUGGCUCUGAAUACAAAAUCAAGCUUUCUCGAUUGGAACGAUCCAUGAAAGAGCGCGAUCAGGAAAUUGUUGCUGCGAAACAGACGAUCGAGGAGCAAAUUUUAUCAAUCGAAAAUCUGACACGAAAAGAAGAAAAGCUUAAUGCAGAAGCAGAGAAACGACAGAGAGAAUAUGAGAGAGUUGAAAAACUUGCAAAUGAAGGCGUGUCUCGCGUUAGAAGUGAAAUGACGCAAACAGUCGUAGACAGCGAAGAACGAUACCGAGGACAGAUAGAAAAGAUAGAAGCAGAACUGAAGGUCGAACGAGAAAAACGCAGUCAGCUUGAGGAACAGGUAGGCCAAUUAUUGGAGAAUACCACGAUGGGAGUGUUCACCUCGUCCCCGCAGGCUCCGCUCGCUACAGGAAUCCGUCGAGGAACUAAGCCUAAAAAGCUUCACAAAGCAGAAGGUCAGGCCGAAAUCCUAGCUGGAGCACUGGGUCUAGGUGGGGAUUCGGAUGAUAGCGAUAGCGAUGGUGAUGACUUUUUUGAUCGAAGCGAUAUGGAAGGGUUCGAMUCUGAAAAUCAUUCCAAUCAACGGCAAGGUAGUUUAAACAGUUUUGCAGCACUAGAACAACUGUCGUCGAAAUUAAGAACAGCAGAAGUCGAGCUCACAGCGUUGCGAAAAAGCCUGAAAGAGUCAAACGAGACCCACCAGUCUCUAGUGGAAGAGCUGGGAGAGGCCAGGCAUGCCAAGGAAAAGCUCCCCCUCUUUGAACAAAAAGUGAAAGAACUGACCCGAGAGAAUCGCGAAAUGGAACAAGAAAUCGCUGGUUUGAAAGAAGAUAUAGCCGAUGUUCGGGAAUUGUAUCGAACACAGUUGAAUGUGCUCCUAGAAGAAAAGACGUCCUCGUCGAUGAAUAAUGAUGUCGGGGSCAAGAAUGUAGAUCCAACUCCUCAAGAAAACAAGACCGAAAUCGGUYAUUAGUGUCAGGAAUCAGCUAUCUGAUCGACGAAAUUUCAAAACAACCUAAUGCACAUAUCAGUYAUCGUAAGCUUUACAAAUGCAACAAUGCUUUCCAUGGCGUGGGUACUCAUCUCUCGUUAUCGAGAAGCAGGUGAUAAAGAAAUAAACUGAUUAUCCUGCGAAUUUAWUGAUGCUAGUAUUAGCGAUGGGUUUGAUUUGGUUCUUUCUAACGAUCGUCGGUCCGUUCGCCUGGUAUUUUAAUCAGCAGGAACGUUGUACUUGGCAAACAAAUUCUCGUGGUUUGUCAUGGCUUUGAAUUCCAGGUUGUUCCCAGAGGGAUCCUUGAAAAACAUAGUGUAUUGCUCCCCGGGUUCGCCCUUAAACCUCAGGGUGGGUUCGAUUACAAAAUCCACGUUGUGGGAUCGCAGCCGAUCCACAAGGUUGUUGAACUGCUCAACAGUUUCCAGUGCCAGACCCGCGUGGGGCACCGGAACCUCGUCACCGUCAACAGGAUUGUAGUAAUCUAUGCAUCUGUAGUCGUCUCCGGCCCAAUGACAGACAAUUUGAUGACCGUAGAGCGAAUAAUCCUGCCACUUGUCGGAGGAUCGGCCCUCUUCGCAGCCCAGAACAGUCCCAUAGAACUCUUUGGCGGCUUCGAGAGAGUGAACAGGGAAGGCAUAAUGGAAAGGGUUUCCAGGGGCCGGAGCACUUCGUGUUUCAUAUUGGGUCGAUGGCUUUGUGGUUUUCGCGCCGCUUGCUCUGUUGGCUGACGUCGUGGAAAAGAGUUUGGUUGCACUUCGGCUGGUACUCUGGAAGAUGGCAAAAGGAGAAGUGCGUUUAGCAGUUGCGCUGACUCUGAAGCAGGAAACAACACUAGGCGUCGAGGAGAUGGAGGCGAAAAGUCGAAGCAUGAUGGUGGUGGCAGCAGCAAUUUUCAUUUUUUUACUUGAAUAGAAUGACAACCAAAAU